CGGCCGGGCUGCCGCCGCCUGCUCGCCUGCCCCUCGCUGCUCCAGAGCACACACAACACCUCCGGGCGGACAUGCGGCAGCAGCACCAGCAGCAGGAGCAGCAGCAGGAGCAGCAGCUGCAGCAGCAAGGGCAGGAGCUGCAGGAGGUGCAGGAGCAGCAGCUGCAGCAGCAGGGGCAGCAGCUCCGCCAGCGGGGAGGGCGCGGGUAGCAGCUCCCUCCCACCGGUCCGCGCUUCCCCGGCCGACCCUCCUGCUCUCACACUCGCACCUUCUCUCUCACUCACACACCCCUUCUCUACCUCUCGGCCGGCCACCGGUCCCCGCCGGGCGUCUGAGCAGGCAGAAGGAAAUUUCAUGAACCUCCUUUAAAUCCAGCCGGUCCCGUCCUCCGCCCCCCCCUCCCCCCCAUCCCAGUCAAAGCCAUGGUGAUCAUGUCAGAUUUUACCUCCGUCCCCAUUUCGAGUCACAUCCAGCAGAGGCCCCUUCGGGUCGGAUUUUAUGAUAUUGAAAGGACCUUGGGGAAAGGCAAUUUCGCCGUGGUGAAGUUGGCCAGGCACAGAGUCACCAAAACCCAGGUUGCAAUCAAAAUUAUAGACAAAACCCGGUUAGAUUCAAGCAAUUUGGAGAAAAUUUAUCGAGAGGUUCAGAUAAUGAAGCUUUUGAAUCACCCUCACAUUAUCAAGCUCUAUCAGGUUAUGGAGACAAAGGAUAUGCUUUACAUUGUCACCGAGUUUGCAAAGAAUGGGGAAAUGUUUGAUUACUUGACUUCCAACGGGCACCUGAGUGAAAACGAGGCCCGGAAGAAGUUCUGGCAGAUCCUUUCCGCUGUGGACUACUGUCACAGCCAUCACAUAGUUCACAGGGAUCUGAAGACCGAAAACCUCCUCUUGGAUGCCAACAUGAAUAUCAAGUUGGCAGAUUUUGGGUUCGGAAACUUUUACAAGUCCGGCGAGCCCCUGUCCACGUGGUGCGGGAGCCCGCCGUACGCGGCCCCCGAGGUCUUCGAGGGGAAGGAGUACGAGGGUCCCCUUCUCGACGUUUGGAGCCUCGGCGUGGUGCUCUACGUCCUGGUGUGUGGCUCUCUCCCCUUUGAUGGGCCCAACCUGCCCACCCUGAGGCAGAGGGUGCUGGAGGGACGGUUUCGCAUCCCCUUCUUCAUGUCCCAAGACUGCGAAUCGUUGAUCCGCCGGAUGCUGGUGGUGGACCCCGCCAAGCGCAUCACCGUCGCCCAGAUCAAGCAGCACAGGUGGAUGCAGACGGGCCCAGCCCUGCAGCAGCCGCAGCACCAGCAGCCGCCGCCGCCGUCGCCCCUCUGCUUUGCCCUGCACGGCUACAACUCCAACCUGGGAGAUUACGACGAACAGGUCCUGGGGAUCAUGCAGACGCUGGGCGUCGACAGGCAGAGGACGGUGGAGUCGUUGCAAAACAGCAGCUACAACCACUUCGCUGCCAUCUAUUACCUGCUGCUGGAGCGACUCAAGGAGCACCGGAGCAGCCAGCUGCCCGGCCGGCCCGGAACCACCAGGCGGCACAGGCCGAGGAGCUCCGAGCUCAGCAGCUUCGAGAUCCCCCCUGAAGCCCUCAGCAGCGAGUCCCUCAGAUCCACGCUACUCUACCAGCCACCUCAGCCCUUGACGCAGUCUGUCUUGCAAGCGGAAAUGGACUGCGACUUGAACAACCCACUCCAGCCUCUGUUCUUCCCCGUGGACCCCAACUUGAACGGGCUGCUGCGGAAUCGCCCCAUCUCCCCCAACAGCCUGCUGGAGACCACCAUCAGCGAGGAGGUCAGGCAGGAGAAGGACCUGGAGGAGGAGAUCCGAGCCCAGAACCCCUUCCACCUCCCCGGCAACACCAGUAGGAGACACACCCUGGCCGAAGUCACGACGCAUUUCUACCAGAGCGGCCCCCCCUGCAUCGUGGUUUCCUGUUCCGCCAGCCCCACUGAAGGAACCAGCUCGGACAGCUGCCUUCCCUCCUCGUCCACCGAAGGCUCCGGAGCCCUCGGCGGCCGCCUCGCCGACCAGGUCCUGAUGGGCAACGCCGCCACGGUCAGGAUGGCCUCCCCGUUCCUGACCGCCCGGUCCACCGCGCCUGUCCUGCGGGCCCAGGGGUGCCUGGGAGGAGCGGCCCUGCUGCCCAUCAGCUUCCAGGAAGGAAGAAGGGCCUCAGAUACCUCGCUCACUCAAGGCCUGAAGGCAUUUCGGCAGCAGCUCCGGAAGAACGCCCGGACCAAGGGGCUCCUGGGGCUGAACAAGAUCAAGGGCCUGGCUCGCCAGGUGUGCCAGCCUGCCCCUGCCCGCCCCCCGAGGAGCAUCCCGCCCGCUUUCCACCACUCCCAGCAGACCCCCGGCGGGUAUGGCAGCAGCAGUGGCGGCUGCAGCCGGGAAGGCAGGAGCUUGCUAGAGGAGAUCCUGCACCAGCAGAGGUUGCUCCAGUGGCAGCACAAGCCGCAGGCCCCGGCGGGCAUCCCCCCGGGUCCCCAGCCGCCGCCCCCAACUCCGGGCGGCCCCUGGGCCCCCGGCUCCCUCCUCCUGUCGGAGCUACAGCGGGAGAACUCGCUGGAGCUCGCCCUCCGCCCCGCCCAGCCACCCCUCCCGCCCCCCUUCGGGACCGGCGUCUCCCCGGCCUCGUCCGCGGCCCAGCUGCUGGACGCCCACCUGGACCUCCGCGCCGAUGCCCCCCCCUCCGUCACCCCCUCCUUCCCCGCGCGAGCCAGCAUCGCCCUGCGGCCCCCUGGGGGAUAUGGACCGGCCGUGUUGUCGCAGGGGGACUGUGAGAUGGAGGACCUCACUCCCGCCCCGCUGGGAAAGUUCGUCUUGGUCCAGUGAAGACUCCGCUCCUCCAGCUCACUCUCUCUCUCCCUCUCUCUCUCUCUCUCUGUCUCUCUCCCCGAGGGACUUCCGUCAUUCCACCUCCUGGAAUGACCGACUCUCCAAAGCAAUAAUUUUGAAGUAGGUGGAGAGAAUGUCUGGUGGUUGAGAAAGCCGAUACCUUUAUCCAAGCGAAAACAAGCAAUAUGUGUGUAUUUGGCUUUUUUUUUUUUGAUUGGGGGGAUUUUUUUUUUUUCCAGGGAAGUGCUUUGGUUUUCCUUUCUUGCACUGAACAAGUAUGAAUAGGGACUGGACUCAUUGGAAAGAAAAAAUAUAAUAUUGAUGGAAUUUAGGGGGGGUGGUCACGGGGCAAGCAGGGGUGGCAGGGUGGGGAGGGGAUAAAUUGAGAGAGAAUUUUUUGGGUACUGUAUGUGUCUGGCCAACCCAGCCCCCGUUGAUAUGCAAGAUUUUUCCUGGCUGUCAGCAGCGGUGACAUAGCGGGGGAAGGCUAUAACAAAAAGGGACCACAGCCUCCUGGAUGACAUUAUUCGUUCUGGGUUUGUGAAGAUUACCUCUUAAAAACCAGUGGCGUGCAACAUUAUGCAUUGAGAGACACAAAAAAAAAAAAAAUGGGAGCAUUGCCAUUUGUGUGUGAGUGUGUGUGCGCACGCGUGCACGCAGUGCCUGGAUGCAAGGUUUAUAUUGAGCUCUUUUGUUUUCUAAAGUUAUGAACAGUUCCCCACCCCCAGAAAACAUUCAUGCUUUAAAUGAAAACUGUGAACUUUCUGAUUGAUGGCCCUCCGAAUCAGACCGAUGCCAGAAACCUUGUCUCUGAAAACCAGGAUCCAAUGUUUCCCUCAUCUUUUCGAGAAGAGUCUUUAUCCGCUCUGCUCCGGGAAGGGCUCAGAAGGCCCCGAUGUGGUCUUGGCAGGCAGGAGAUGGGGAGUUGGAAAUGCCAACUCUAGCUGGUGGCCCCCCGAGAUUCCUUCCAGAGAUGUCCCCCUAACCCCUCCCCCAUGGAGGGUGUCCUUUUAAUGCUGCACAUUUUGUUUCUGCUGCUAAUUCCAUUUUUAUGCAUUUCAUUAUCAGGGUCCAAACCGAACAACCGACUCUGGGGGGAAACGUGCAAUAUCCCAUAGUUUAAGCUGACAAGCAAGGGGGGAGGGGCUCAGGCUGAUUUCUCUCAGAACAAAAAAAAAUUGAUCUUAACCACAGUUAGACGGCACAACCUUAAGGUGUGUGGAUAGCUUUUUUUCCCCCCUUAGAUUAGCGAAACGAGGUUUUGGUUAGGUCAGUGUUUUUUAAGAUUUUUUAAAAUAAUGUAUAUGUAUAUAAAUAGGAGACGGACAAAUAGACACUACUUAUUUUUUAUACUUUAUACUACGCUUUUAUUGUGUUUCCGGUUUGAGUUUUCCUCCCUUAUAUGGAAGACCAUGUCAGCCUCCCAUGGAAUUUUGCAUUUCUAUUGAGGAGGGGGAUUCUUAGACCUCCAGCCUUUCCUUCCUUCCCUCCGCACUCUCGGAGCAGAGGAAAGGAGGGGCUUUUAACUCGAGGCGGCGGCCAAAAAUUUGGCUCAGAGUUACCUUGAAUUCAAAAAGGACCGCUUCUCUAAUCUCAAUCCGUUCAAGGAUCCCUUUCCGUAUCGUGACCCGGGGUGCUUUCCGGUCCCUUUGGCUUUUUGCAGCCCUCAGUAUUCAAUGAAAGAAAUGAUGACGAGCAGGUAUUUAAUUAAACCCCAAAAACCAAAGGUGGACCAGGUUAAUUGGAGGUAGGGAGAGGUGCUGGAUGUGGGGGGGAGAUGGGGAUUGAUGUUGUGGCAUUUCCUCAGAGACCUCUCUUUAAUCGGCGUUCGUUCGCUCCCGGAUUGUUCUCGGAGCUGACCGACACGACCGCUCCCACGCUCCGUUGCUCAACGGCUCCAGCGGGAGGGGAAGCAACUAAAGCCGAGUUCUUUGCCGAUUGACCACCACCUCCCUGUCUCCCAUGCCCCAACGCAGCGGAGAAAGCACCAAAGUCUCGUGCUAAGUUGUGAAUCUGAAGCCUCUGGAGUGGGAGAGGCUGGAUUCCCACACAACAGCACCUUUGCCUUCAUUUUUAUAGAGGUAGCACAGCCACCUGAAAACACAGAACUAAGUCCCCCCUCCACCUUCGAAAAAAAAAAUCUGUCCAAAUGCCAUGGAUCAAAGGCCACAGAAACAGUCAUUAGUUUCCUGUUCUAAGCAAUGACGAGCACUUUACUUUCAUAGCAUUUUUUUUUCCUUUUCUCAUUGCUGUAGAACCUCUUUGAAAUUGUUUGUAGAGCAGAAAGAGGUCUUUUUUAUGUGUGUGGAUGUGUGUGUUUUGUAGAUUUCUCAACAGUGCUGUUCUGCAGACUGCAAUGCAAUACGAUAUUUAAAGACACUACGUGAUCUGAUUAAGAUGUAUAUAGUUUGUUUUGGGGGGUUGUGUUUGUUUGUUUUUUACCGGGACUGAAUCAACUGUUUUAUUUCUUAUGUUCAAUGAGAAAUGUAUGCCAAAAUGAUUAGUUGAUGUGUUUUUAUUUAAUAUUUAAAUAAACAUCUUUGGAAAAAA